AUGACCAACAUCCGAAAAACACACCCACUAAUAAAAAUUAUUAAUGACGCCUUCAUCGACCUCCCCACCCCAUCAAAUAUCUCUUCAUGAUGAAACUUCGGCUCCCUACUUGGCCUUUGUCUAAUUAUACAAAUCCUAACAGGCCUAUUCCUAGCAAUACACUACACACCAGACACAACAACCGCCUUCUCAUCAAUCACACACAUCUGUCGAGACGUAAACUACGGUUGAAUUAUCCGAUAUCUACAUGCAAACGGAGCCUCCAUAUUCUUCAUUUGCCUCUACGCCCACAUAGGACGCGGCCUAUACUACGGCUCCUACGCCUUUCAAGAAACAUGAAACAUUGGAGUAAUCCUACUAUUCACAGUCAUAGCCACUGCGUUCGUGGGCUAUGUCCUGCCCUGAGGACAAAUAUCAUUCUGAGGUGCAACCGUCAUCACCAAUCUCCUAUCAGCAAUCCCAUACAUCGGUAAUACCUUAGUCGAAUGAAUCUGAGGUGGUUUCUCCGUAGACAAAGCAACACUAACACGCUUCUUUGCCUUCCACUUCAUCCUUCCCUUCAUCAUCCUAGCAUUAGCAAUCGUCCACCUUCUAUUUCUCCACGAAACAGGAUCUAACAAUCCUACAGGCAUCCCAUCUAAUAUAGAUAAAAUUCCAUUCCACCCCUAUUACACAAUCAAGGAUAUCCUAGGCGCCCUACUACUAAUCCUAACCCUACUAAUACUAACCCUAUUUGCACCUGACCUGCUUGGAGACCCCGAUAACUACACCCCAGCAAACCCCCUCAGCACCCCAGCACAUAUUAAACCAGAAUGAUAUUUCCUAUUCGCAUACGCAAUCCUACGAUCAAUUCCUAACAAAUUAGGCGGAGUCCUAGCCCUAUUACUCUCAAUCCUAAUCCUAGCCUUCAUCCCAAUACUCCAUACAUCCAAACAACGAAGCAUAAUAUUCCGACCCUUCAGCCAAUUCCUGUUCUGAGUAUUAGUCGCAGAUCUACUAACCCUAACAUGAAUCGGCGGCCAACCCGUGGAACACCCCUAUAUAAUCGUAGGCCAAUUCGCAUCCAUCCUUUACUUUCUCCUAAUUCUAGUUUUAAUACCAACGGCUAGUCUUAUCGAAAACAAACUCAUAAAAUGAAGA